GGGCUCAGCCCAGCCCUGCUGGACCCACAGCUGGACAGAGGGACAGAGGAACAGACGGACACCCAGGAACCUGAGCCCUGGGCCGCGGUGGCAGAGCCAGGCCAGUAACCGGAGCAGGCUGGCCCAGGAACCAGCCUCCUCAAAGGGAGGCAGCAGGAGGGCCCAGGCCUCGCUCACCCUCUGAGCCCACUCUAGGGCCCCUGGGAGACCCGGACCUAGGCAAGCUCCAGGGCACCACUGGUCCCUUUCCUCGAUUAUGGGCAUCAAGACUUCGCUGCCCCCUCCUGAGCUGGCCAUCUAUGCCCUGGUUCUUGUGUGUGCCCUGGGCUAUGCUGGCAAUGGGCUCUUUGAGGCAUCUCGAGACAACAUGAACAGGAAGGCCUUCAGGGAGUCGGUGAAGCCUGGCUGGCAUUACAUUGGACGAAAGAUGGAUGUAGCAGAUUUCGAGUGGGUAAUGUGGUUCACCUCCUUCCGUAACAUCAUCAUCUUUGCCCUCUCUGGUCACGUGCUCUUUGCCAAGAUCUGCUCCAUGAUUGCCCCACAGUUCCGCUCGUGGAUGUAUGCAGUGUAUGGGGCCCUAGCUGUACUGGGGACCAUGGGCCCCUCCUACAUGCUGCUCCUGUUGGCCCAUUGCCUGGGUCUCUACACGGUUUCCCUGCUCAAGCAGCGGUGGCUCUGCCUUACCCUGGGGCUCGCCAGUCUGGCCUCUUUCAAGCUGGAGCCAGCCAAUUCAUGGCAGAGCGGGUUUGUAACGGGCACUUUUGAUCUUCAAGAUGUGCUGUUUUACGGAGGCAGCGGCUUCACGAUUUUCCGAUGCAUGAGCUUUGCCCUGGAGAACUGUGAUCGACCAGAAGGCAAUUACUCCUUCCUGGACCUGCUCAAAUACAACUUCUAUCUCCCCUUCUUCUUCUUUGGACCCAUCAUGACCUUUGACAAGUUCCAUGCCCAGGUGAGCCAGCUGGAGCCUGUUCGAAGGGAGUGGGAAAUGUGGCAGAUCCGUACCCAGGCGGGACUCAGCCUGGCCUCCAUUGUGGCAGUGGACGUGUUCUUUCAUUUCUUCUACAUCCUUACCAUUCCUAACGACCUCAAGUUCACCAAUCGGCUCUCAGACUGGGCUCUAGCGGGCCUGGCCUACUCCAAUCUGGUGUAUGACUGGGUGAAGGCAGCUGUGAUGUUUGGUGUCGUGAACACCGUGGCCCGUCUGGAUCAUCUGGACCCACCCCGGGCACCUAAGUGCAUCACAGCCCUCUAUGUCUUUGCAGAAACGCACUUUGACCGAGGGAUCAAUGACUGGCUAUGCAAAUAUGUCUAUGACGCUGUUGGUGGGGAGCACCACUCUGUGGGGCCAGAGCUGGGAGCCACGCUGGCCACCUUUGCCAUCACCACCUUGUGGCUGGGGCCGUGUGAUAUUGUCUACUUGUGGUCUUCCCUGAACUGUUUUGGUCUCAAUUUUGAGCUUUGGGUACAGAAGCUUGCUGAGUGGGGACCAGUGGCCCGAGCAGAGGCCUCGGUGUCCGAGCAGAUGUCCCGGAGAGCUCGGGCUCUCUUUGGGGCUGCAAACUUCUGGUCCAUCGUUGUGUACAACCUCGUGUCUCUGAACAGCCUGGAGUUCAUGGAGCUAGUGAUCAGGCGGCUAGUGUUCACAGGAUUCCCCCAAAGCACCCUGGUCAUUCUGUUUGUCACCUACUGUGGUGUGCAACUCAUUAAAGAAAGAGAGAGGCUCCUGGCCCUGGAGGAAGAGAAGGAAGCUGCCAAAGAGAAGGCCGCAUAGGGAGGAAAAGGAGGAAGAAGAGGAAGAGGAGGAGGAGGAGAGGAGAAGAAUCUGUACCAUCGCCACCCCUAGCCUUCCCCCAAGACCCUCCGAGACCCUCCCAGCAGCCUGAUCCUGUCCUGCCUCCCCCCAGCACUGCCCUGACUCCCUGGGUUCUAGGCCAUAACAGAGGCGAAGCCUU